AUGCACGCUCCAACCCUCUUUCUCCUCGCUAUGAGCGCUCUCACCGCGAGCGCAGCCCCCGCUCCGGCCCCGGGAUACGACACAAAGGUCGACGGCUACACCCAGCACCGCGAGAAGGAGCCCUACCGCUACUCCUUCCUCCCGGGAUAUUACGAUGAAAAGCGCUACCACCGCACUCCCAAGAGCCCCCCAUACGGGAAGGACUUUGUGUACGGCGGCGGUGGUUAUGGCGGAGAUGGCUACGGCAAGGGCGGCAGCUACGGCGGGGGUGAUGGCUAUGACAAGGGCGAUGGCUACGGCAAGGGCGAUGGCUACGGCGGAGGUGAUGGCUAUGGCAAGGGCGAUGGCUACGGCGGGGGUGAUGGCUACGGUAAGGGCGGUGGCUACAGCAAAGGCGAUGGCUACGGUGGGGGUGAUGGCUAUGGCAAGGGCGAUGGUUACGGCGGAGGUGAUGGCUACGGUAAGGGCGAUGGCUAUGGCAAGGGCGAUGGCUAUGGCAAGGGCGAUGGCUAUGGCAAGGGCGAUGGCUAUGGCAAGGUCUGGGGCAAGGCCAGGGGCUGGGGCAAAGGCAAGGGCGGAGGCGUUGGCGGAGGCACUGGCGGGGGUACCGGUGGGGGUACCGGUGGGGGUGCCGGCGGGGAGAAGGUAAAGGUGGACAAGGAUAUGGAACACAAGAAGUACGAUAACGAGGAGCACAAGCAUAAGGAAGACAAGUAUUCCAAGAAGUACGCGGAAGCAGAGGACGAGGUUUACAAGAAGGAUAAGGAGAGGGAAAAGGAGGAGGAGUGCAAUGACUAUAAGGAAUGUGCUGAGUGCAAGGAUGAAAAGGUUUAUGAUGAGCAGUGUUGCUUCGAGGAGGGAUACGGUAUUUUUUUUCUACCCUUCUUUUAUUUUAUUUUUAUUCUGGCAGUUUCAGUGGUAGCUAAAGGGUGGAUGGAUGGACAGGAUUCGACAAGGGUGUCAAGUUCGACAAAGCCUACGGCUACUACCGCGACAUGAGCAAGAAGUACCACGAGGACGAACACAAGAAAGACAAACAGGCUGCCAAGAAGGACUACUUCCGUUACGAGGAGGAGGAUGAAUAUGAGAAAUGCGAGGAGUGCGAGGACGUUAAGAAGUGCGAGAAGUGCGAGGAAUGCGAGGACGAGAAGUGCUGUAAGAAGUGCGAGGAGGCGAAAGAGAAGGAGAAGAAGGAGAAGAAGGAGGAGAAGAAAGAGGAGAAGAAGGAGAAGCCGAAGAAGAAGUAUGACGAUGGGUGCGGUUGCGGGAAAAACUAUGUUGUUGAGUACUAUCGCUAAAAACCCUGUCGAGUGAUUCCCGGUGUCUGUUUACAGCGCAUGCAUGGAUGCUGGGGGUCUUGGGUACUAUGACGGGAACUUCUUCCCCCCAUGUGCUUUGUUCUUGGUGCCUUGGGGGGUGCAAAAAAGUUUUAUAGCCUUCAUAUGAAAUUAAACUUCUAUAAAAC